GGCGAAAAAAGCAUUAAAGAACGCGUCUAUUUUGCACUGCACAAAAAGUUCGGUGGUUUUCUUGGCAUAAAUUCCGCUAAUUGUAAAGAAAAUGUUAAAUAAAUACGCAUAUAUAUCUUAAAUCACAAUAAAGGCAUAAAUAAACUGAUACAGUAAAAUACUCGCCGUACAUUAAAAACUAUACUUGUACCGCGAGGUAUAACUUAUAAAAAAUGGAUACGCUAUUCGACCAACUAAAAACAGAGACGCCGGCAAAUUUGAAAACUGCCGAGUCUACAAAUACACGUGAGCUUUUAAAGGCUUCUAAGAGGUCACCUUCUCCUGAAUCACAUACAAAUUCGCAAACUCCCAAUAAAACAAAGAAGUUAUCGACAGAAACUAAGCCUUUAGAUAAUACUGCAGUGCGUCGUGAAUCAAUGCCUCCACCUGCGACGACAUUUGUCAGGAAAAAUAUAAGCAAAAGUCGCAGUUUAUCACCUCCAAAAGGCCUAAUAGUAAGACCAUUUAAAGUUCUCUUAGAGAGGAAAAAAAUUGAAAGCUCAGAUUGUAAAAAUCAGAACCUUAGUAAAACAUCUAAAACUUCAACAUUUAUCAAGAAAGCAGCGGACUUUACUGGAUCAGCAGUAAAAAACGGAGAAAAGUCACCUAAAAAGUCAACACCCACGAAGGCACAACAAAAGCUAUUCGAUCCAGAUGUGCUUGUUAAAGCACAACAGUUAACACAUUUUAAUGUAAAACGCUGCAAGGUGCGUUUGUUAAGACAGGAUUUAGCAAAACUUAAACGAGAGUUCCAUGCAAAAGAAAAGAAACAGACGCAAAAUAAAAAAUCAUAUCUUAAAAAUAGCGGUAAAAAUAAUAAAAGCAAUAGAAUGCUACCUUCAGGAAAGUCGCCGAAUUCUAAACAUGGCGGAAUUUGUGACGAAAAAGAAUCCAAACAGUCAUCUGGGUUUUUCAUAAAAAUAAAUGCACUUACCCGUUCACCCAAGUCAAAAACAAAAGCUGAAGGAUUACUAAAAGAAAAAAGGUCUUUACAAAAGUUGAGUGCUGGGGCAAUUGCGAAGAAAGUAAAUGCAGCCGCCGCAAUUUCAAGCACCAAACCAACUAAGUUUACGAGAACACAUCUUAUAAAAAUGUAUGGCAAACGCGUAUUUUGUUCUCGUGUUAAAAUCGAAAGGUGUUCGCAUCCGAUGAUGUUGAUAUUUGAAUCGAAUGCCCGUGCUCGCCGGUUACAAGCAAAACGAUCAAAAUCGAAAAAUCUGUCUGUCUCUUUUCGCGAUCAGGUUGAAAUAUUUGGAGAUAGUAGUGAUUCGGAGGAAGCAGAUAUAAGUUCGGUAUGUGAUCCAGAUGUAGCGUCUACAUCGGAAGCUGCCAUGAAAUCAGCGAAUCCGAUCCCGAUCUCUUUAACUGUAACUCCAGCUCGUCUCAAAAAAGUGGAAAAUGGUAAAGUUGUCGACGAUAUCGAAUUAGACCCCUCGCUCUUUGUUGUUCCAGUAGUUGCAAGCACGCCAUUUGCCUCGCCAGGUAAAAAAAAGCGUGAAAAAAAGUCCUUUAGUCCAUUAAAAGGGGAUGGUACGCCUAGCCCACGCAAAGAACAGCUUAAAUUGGCGAAUGAAAAAAUGCCUCCAAGUAGUUUACGGCGAUUAACUGCGGCCGAAGUUGACGAGGAGGACGAUGAAGACGACGAGUGUGAAUAUAUAGUGCCCAUUGAAAUACCUGAACGUCGCAUAUCUCGAACUAGUUCCGCCAAUACCAUGGAUGAUAUUGCUUCGGAAAAAACUAAUGAAGCAUCAAACAGUGAUUUAGAACCUACACCUAUUGACGCAAUUGACAAUACCGGCACUGUUCAAGACACAUCAGGAGAAAGUUUCGUUUCGGCUGUGGAUAGUUCGCAACCUGCUAGCACCAAUCAAUCUAGUAAUACGGAACCUGAGGCAAUGAAAAAUAUUGAGAACUUGACCACUGACAAGGUUAUCGAUGAAAUUAAAUCUGUUGAAGAUAAUAAAAAUGUGGUAGGGGAAACAAAACAGCAAACAAUAGACGUGGAAUUAGCAGAGCUCCCCCAACUUACACGUAUUGAUUCAGUGUCACCUUCUCAGUCGUUGAACGACAUCGUCAACACUUUUAUGUGCAAUGAAAAUGCUGUUGGCUCAAAGGAAGCACUCCAAACAAUGAAGGAUGAUAUCGAAUUGAUUUCGAAUACAAACAUUAUCUCCGACCUAAAAACAAAUGACAACCAAUCACCUGAGAAUAUUUGUAUAACCGGUACAAAAUUGCGAGAUACAUUAGACGAUGACAUAUCUCUACAGUUGUUUGUUGAUGAUGAUACCACUGCUAAUUCAAAUUUCUUAGGGGACAGCGCAAUAGAAGAUAGCGAAAUAGUAGACGGAAUUGUAAAUGAACGUAUUGAUGAGAUUUCUAAAGAUAAGCAUUUGGGUUCUACCGUUGAAGCUACGAACCUUUUGAGCUCGGAAGUGACAACCGAGUGAUAAUUUAGCAGUAUGAUCGUUAAUUAAUUAGGUACCAUACAAAACUAAAAAAGAACAAAAACAAAACACAAAAAAAAACAUGAAAAGUAAUUCCGCAAUUCAUUUUGUUUUUAAAAUCCCCUUCCUUCUCACCCUAUGUUUUAAGUAUACACAUGGAUGUGUGUAUUUUACAUUGAAUAAUCGAAAUUAAACUCUAACCAAGAAAAUUUGUUAUAUGUUUGAGAUUCUUGCAGGCGUUUGUAGUUGUUAGUGUUUACUAACCAACUAUUCGGUGCCUUUAUUUUUGCAAAGAUAUUGAUCGAAUAUCAUUUACUAAAAUUCCGUUAUCUUUCUUUUUAACGUUUGUACAUAAGACCAUUACUGUUUCACUUAGUUUAAAGUUACUUAAAGUAAUUUAAUGAAAAAUGGUUAUAUCAUUAUAUUAAUAUUGCUAAAUUUGUAAUUUUAUUUACGAAGAAAAAUGUUCGAAAUUUUACACGUAAAUUUUGUGUAAAAAAUACGAAAAAAUAUACAGUUUCCUGUAUACAAACACCUACAAAUGUAAUUUCAUCCAAGUUUUGGACAAUUAAAGUA